GGCCUCGCAUGGCGGGAGGUGGGGCUGGGAGCAGAGUCCUGGAGGGCCUGGCUGCCGGGGAAUGAAGCCUCCGCCUUCUCGGGCCAGAGCCUUUAAAUACGAGCGCGGGCCAGGGGCUCGGGGUGCGGCCUUUGGCAGCCUGAGCGAGGUACGUGGGUCCCGGCCCAUCCUGCGGAGCCCAGCGCGGUUGCAGAAGCUGCUGCAGCACGGUCGGGAGGAAAACGCUGUCGGGGGUCGCGUCGGGGCUGAAAAGCGGUUUAGUCAUGUUUGAAAUUAAGAAGAUCUGUUGCAUUGGUGCGGGCUACGUUGGAGGACCCACAUGCAGUGUCAUUGCCCAUAUGUGCCCCGAAAUCAGGGUAACAGUUGUUGAUGUUAAUGAAUCAAGAAUCAAUGCAUGGAAUUCUCCAACUCUUCCUAUUUAUGAGCCAGGAUUAAAAGAAGUAGUAGAAUCCUGUCGAGGAAAAAAUCUAUUUUUUUCUACGAAUAUUGAUGAAGCCAUCAAAGAAGCUGAUCUCGUAUUUAUUUCUGUGAAUACUCCAACAAAAACCUACGGUAUGGGGAAAGGCCGGGCAGCAGACCUGAAGUACAUCGAAGCAUGUGCUAGACGCAUUGUGAAAAACUCCAAUGGAUACAAGAUUGUGACUGAGAAAAGCACGGUUCCAGUGCGGGCUGCAGAAAGCAUUCGCCGCAUAUUUGAUGCAAACACAAAACCUGAUUUGAAUUUACAGGUGCUGUCCAACCCUGAGUUCUUGGCAGAGGGAACAGCCAUCAAGGACCUCAAGAACCCAGACAGAGUACUAAUUGGAGGGGAUGAAACCCCAGAGGGCCGGAGAGCGGUGCAGGCGCUGUGCGCUGUGUAUGAGCACUGGGUUCCCAAAGAAAAGAUCCUCACCACCAACACUUGGUCAUCGGAGCUUUCCAAACUGGCAGCAAAUGCAUUUCUCGCCCAGAGAAUCAGCAGCAUCAAUUCCAUCAGUGCUCUGUGCGAAGCUACAGGGGCUGAUGUGGAGGAGGUGGCCACGGCUAUCGGCAUGGACCAGAGGAUCGGAAAUAAGUUCCUGAAAGCCAGUGUGGGAUUUGGUGGGAGCUGCUUCCAAAAAGAUGUUCUAAAUUUGGUUUAUCUCUGCGAGGCUCUGAAUUUGCCUGAAGUAGCUCGUUAUUGGCAACAGGUCAUAGACAUGAACGAUUACCAGAGGAGGAGGUUUGCUUCCCGGAUCAUAGACUGUUUGUUCAAUACAGUGACUGAUAAGAAGAUAGCUAUUUUGGGGUUUGCAUUCAAAAAGGACACUGGUGAUACGAGGCUGGUAGAGAUGAAAGCCCAGCUCAACAGCCCAGAGCCUUUGGUAUGCCAGGGAAGCACUCUGCCACUGAGCCAAAUCUCCAACCCCAAGAUGUAUUUUGAAGCCUUUUCUUUAGAAUGA